AUGUCUUCAGACAUCACGGAAGUGUCUGCCCUGGGUCGACCUUUCACCUUAGGGAUGCUUUAUGAUGCUUUGCAACAUAAACUGAUCCCAGGUGUCACAUUGUGGGAUGAAACAACUCUCAAAGGGCACUCAGUUGAGAACCCUCAGUACAGCAGCGCAUUUGAAAUCCUCACCUCAGAUUCCAUUGAAGACAAGUCCUUUCUGCUGGGCGUCGAUGCGUCUCUGAAGGCCAGUUUCCUGAGUGGACUGGUUGAAGUUGAGGGAUCGGCGAAGUAUCUGAACGACAAGAAGAAAUUCCACCAUCAGAGCAGAGUGACGCUGCAGUACAAAGCUACGACUACUUUCAAACAGCUGUCAGUGACUGAUGUUGGAAAAAUGGAUACACAACAAACAGAUGUCAUUGAGACGGGCUUGGCGACACACGUAGUCACAGGAAUCCUUUAUGGGGCAAACGCUUUCUUCGUAUUUGACAGCGAGAAGUUAGAGGACAGCAGCGUUCAGGACGUCCAGGGAGGCAUGAAAGCUGUGAUAAAGAAGAUUCCUGACUUUGACAUUGAGGGGCAAGUUGAUAUCAAGCUUACUGACAAAGAAAAAGCCCUGACAGACACAUUGUCCUGCAAGUUCUUAGGGGACUUCCUUCUUGAAAGCAACCCUGCAACUUUUGAAAAGGCAGUGAAGACUUACAUAAAACUUCCCAAGCUACUGGGAAAAAAUGGAGAAAACUCUGUUCCACUGAAGGUCUGGCUGUUGCCGUUGAAGUAUCUGAACUCCAAACCUCCUCAGGAGAUGACUGAGGUCAGUGUUGGACUGGUGAGGAAGGUUCAGAGUGCUCUGGAAGACUUAGAUCAACUGGGAAAAAGAUGCAACGACUGUCUGGAGCACAAAGUUGUGAAACAUUUUCCGAAGAUUGACGAGAAGUUGAGGAGUUUCCAGAAACUCUGCACUUUUUACAUGACUACACUCCAACAGACGGUCGCAAAGAAACUGCCCCUCAUCAAGAAAGGAAAAGAAGAUGAGAGCGAGUUAGAGAAAUUCUUAAAAGACAGAGACAAGUCGCCGUUCAGUCAAGACAAAUUAACUAAGUGGUUGGAUAAUAAACAGAGAGAGAUCAAUGUCAUCGGCUCCUGCGUCGAUAUGAUGGAGGGAACAGAGAUAAAAAUUGUCCCGGGUCAGUUAGAGCUGGAGAGAGAGGUUCUGGCCCCAGGUGUAGAGCAUGCUCUCUGCUUUGUUUUCACCUCACUGGAGACCACCGAACCCUACCUGCAGGAGUUGGCCGACUACGUGGAUCCGCUUAAGUUAAAGGGCAAUGUGGGCGUCGCCCCACCUGCACAGGACCACUGGUACUUGUCAGAUGAGGUGGUGGUCAGCAUGAGAGGAAAAGCCAAAGCUUUCCACGACCUUGCUGAAGCCCUGAAGAGAAGCAGGGGCUUCAGGUUCCUCGCAGCGACUUCAGCAAAUGAGAAAUAUAAAGGCGCAAACAUCUACCAUUACAAAGAUGGCGUCCUGAUCAGUGAUGACUUCUCAAGGCCUGACCUUCCUCCGGUGGAUGCUAUCAAAGACAGAAGUGCUUUAAUUUGGUAUGCCAGUGUUCUCACCCUGGACCCAGACACGGCAAACAACAACCUCAUCCUCUCUGAGGGGAACAGGAAGGCGACGCACGGAGCGCAGCAGUCCUAUCCCGAUCGACCCGAGAGAUUCGAUAAUUUUUAUCAGGUUCUGUGCAGGGAGGGGCUGACGGGCCGCUGUUACUGGGAGGUGGAGUGGAGCGCUGGCCAAAGUGAGGAUGUUGCUGUGGGCGUCAGCUACAAGGGAAUUUUUAGGAAGGGGAAAGAUGAAUUGUGCAGGAUCGGGUGGAACGUGAUGUCCUGGUGUUUAGGCCACAGGUGGCCCCCCCAAGCACCUACACUCUACGCAGAGCACAAUCAUAAGAGCCAGUUUUACCCUCCUCCGUGCACCGGCUGCACCCAGCUUGGAGUGUUUCUGGACUGGCCCGGUGGGACUCUGUCCUACUACAAAAUCUCAUCCAACACACUGAGUCACCUCCACACCUUCUACGCCAAAUUCACUGAGCCUCUUUACCCAGCGUUCAUGAUUUGGCGUGAAGGCAACUACGUGCACCUGAACCCGCCCAUGGUCGCAAACUGACAGGCCACACGGCGUUCAGUAGGUCGUAGUUGGGAGUGUCGCUUGGUAUCACAUGAUUCAAGUUCAGCUCACCACACUUAAAAGUGAUAGUUGGGUUGUGUGAGGUACUUCCUCCACAGUCAGUGUGUUACCUGCAGUAGAUUCAGAUUAGUGCGCUGCCAGUUUAGAGAAGCAGCAGGAGCCUCUUAAAAACAUCCUCAAACAGUUGAAGUCUACACUUUAUUUUGUGAUAAAAUGCCUUUAUUUAGUUCUGGCAUAUCAGAGUAAAAAUCUAGAACAAAGAUCCUGAAUAAGAGAGUAAAACAGUGACCGGUCUCCACCGCUACAGGGUCUCCCUCAA